AUGGAGGCGGGGAGGGAGAGCUCCAAGGCCAAGCGCGCGCGCGCCGCCAUGAGCAACGAGGAUGACACGACGAGCCAGGGGAGCGCAGGAGGUGACGCCGCGGCGUCAGCCGGUGCCGUGACCGCGGCCGCUGCGGAAACGGAGGGGGACGAGAUGGCCGUGGUGGUGGCGGCGGAGACGGAGGAGCAGGAGCAGGUGGUGUCGGCGGAGACGGAGGAGCACAUCCAGCGCAUCCUCCUCGCCAUCGACAACUACACCCGCCAGGUGUCGGACAUGCUGGAUGCCGGGCGCGCGCUGUUCAAGGACCUCGCCGCCGAUUUCGAGGACCGCCUCUGCUUGAUCCACAAGGAGAAGGUGGAGCGGUGGGAGGAGGAGAUCCGAGAGCUGCGCGCCAGCGACGCCGCCAACGAGCAGGCCCGUGCCCUCCUCCACAACGCCCAGCUGCACCUCCUCCACACCGUCCGCGACUAG